AUGGAUGACUUCAAAAACUGUAACGUUAUAACGUUAGAAACGGAAGUAACGCUCUCCAGAACGACGAAGAAGGUUUAUCUGAAAGAAGACAUUGUCAUAAAAUUUUCAAACAGACAUUCUAAUUGCAUGUACCCGUUGUCGGGGCAACAAACCGACCUAGGUGCUGACUUUGGGACGUCGGAUGGCGGUGGUGAUCAUACUCGGUGCAGAAGUUUGUGUUCCAAGACCUGCACCUUCUUAGACGAACCGACAUUCAGCGAUGAUCCAGCUGAGUGGAACAGGGCAGAUUACACAUACAACAUCCACUUCUUGAAGAAGUACAUGACCAACCAGCAACGAUACCUCGAACAAGAAAAAGAAAAUUUUGCUAGAAACAAAGAGCUCCUUGCAAGCAUGAAAUCUGCUCAGCAAAUUGAUAAUGAUGAGUGUAUACGAAAGAAAUCUGAAAUCCAGAACUUAAAGAAUGAAAUUGAAGAUUACAAAUCGCAAAUAAGAAGACAGUCUGAUGCCAUUAGCAAUUGUCGAAGCCAGCUAAUUUGCGAAGAUGAAGUAAACCGAGAUCUGAAAGUACAGAAAAGGAGGCUCAUGAAGCGAAAAGUAAUGCAGCUAACAAAACAGAGCGAAGAAGGUAUUUCUGAUGAUGUUAUUGAAGCAUACGAAUUAGCAAAGCAGUCCCUUGAAUCAGAGCAAAAGAGGAAGCAGCGUCUGCUCAAGAAAGAUAAUUGGUACACAACAGAAAUUGCCACUAUUCGCGAAGUACUUGCACAAGAAGAAAACAACACCUCGCUGAAGGAGAUAGAAAUAGAAAAGGUUAAUCUAGAUGAAGACGAAAAUGAAUGCACAUCAAAUAAUAAUAUUGUGCAUUUCCUUCCAGAAAUAAAUAGAAUAAGAGCCUGUGCAAUGAGCCCUGAACCAUUUGCUAAGCCUGCUGAACAUUUCCAGAAAAAUGGUACACACACGCAAGGAGAAACUGCAUGUGGAUUUCUACCACAUAUUCCACCAGUAUCAAAAGCGCGAUUGAAUUUGUCAUGUCAACCAACAGUUGCAGCAGCACAUGUUCCCCAUCUCUCAAAAAUUGAACUCAAAGACGGACAUAAUAUGCAUCUUCCAAAGAUUGAGGUCAAAGAUGAAAGUUUACAAAAUUCACCUACAGCUUUUCCCCCAAGGGCAUAUGUUCCGCAUCAACCAACAGUUGUAGCCACUCGCGACCAUGUUCCACAUCAACCUACAGUUGAAGCCUCUCGCGUGUAUGCCCCACAUCAACCAACAGAUGAAGCCGCUCGUAGCCAUGUUCCACAUCUACCUACAGUUGCAGCCACGCAUGGUUAUGUUCCCCAUCCACCAACAGAUGUAUCUAAGCAAACGUAUGUCCAACAAUCAUCAGCAGCUCCUGGCAAACAAGGACAUGUUCCCCGUGUACCAAUAGUUUCAAACCAGAAUGAAGAUGUUCCACAUUUAUCAGCAGAUGCAACCACGCAAGAUCAUGUCCCCCGCCCUCCAUCUGAAAAGAAAAAUGGUGCUAUCAGAAGAUUUCACAGAAAAUUGAAGAAUGUCAUAAAGUGAACAGUUUCAAAGUUUUUAACAUUGUUGACAUUCAUUUAUAUAAUAUAAAAAGGCAAACAUUUGUAUAUUUGUUUAAUAAUUAAUUAACUGCAUCAAAAGCACUCCAACUAUUUGUUUUCUGUUGUUGUUGUUUUUAUUUUUUUUUUUUAUUUUUUUUUUUUGUGUGUGUUUGUAUGUAUUUAUGUAAGUAUACUGUUGAUGUUUUCCGCUAUUGUGGGACGUGUGCAUUUUGUAAAUAAAUUAUCUGAAUUAUC